AUGCGCCUCAAAGGCUUCCGCAUCGUGGCGCGCCGCUACAAAUGCCGGGCGGGCGAGAUCGACCUGAUCGUCCGGCGCGGCGAUCUCGUCGCAAUCGUCGAGGUCAAGGCAAGGCCGUCACUGGCCGAGGCGAUGGACGCCGUGACGCCUUACGGGCGCCGGCGCAUCAUCGGCGCGACCGAUCACUGGCUGGCCGGACAGCCGGACCAUGGCCGGCUUUCGGUAAGAUUCGAUCUGGUCGCUGUGCUUCCGGGCCGCUGGCCUGUGCAUGUGCCGGCGGUGUUCACGGCCUGA